AUGGCUGAUCAAGCUGCAAGAAGUUUGCAGUUUGAGUACAAUAUCAAUUCGAACUUGGUCAUGACUGCAGAUCGGUCUUUAAUAGAUCGUCGCUCACGCGACGAGUCUACUGGUGAAGUUCUUUCUCUUGCCGGGAAAAUACGUAUUGAGGAUAUGGGGAGCAAAGCCCAACGUACUAGACCAAGUAUGCUGGAAGAGAAGAAAGCUAAGCGUCGUAAAUUGGGAGAAGAGGAAUAUGAUGAAAUGAGACUGAAGGCAGUUACUCUCUUAAGUGAUGAUCUCGACGAAGUUGUCGGUGUUUUGUAUAGACCGAAAACUCCGGAGACACGCAAGACUUACGAGUACAUUCUACAUUGCAUUCAGGAAGCACUUGGGGAUCAGUCGCGUGAAAUUCUUUGCGGCGCCGCCGAUGAGGUAUUGGCUGCACUGAAAAACAAUAAGCUUAGAGACAAAGAACGACGUAAAGAAGUAGAAAGUCUGAUUGGUCCCUUGGCCGAUGAGCGCUACAACAUAAUUGUAAGCCUCGGCAAGAAAAUAACAGAUUGGAAAGAUGAUAAUGAUGAAACCGGUGAAGAAAACAUAGACGAAGCUUAUGGUGUCAAUGUUCAGUUUGAAGAAUCGGAUCAAGAGGAUGAAGAUGACACUCAGUAUGAGAUCAAGGACGAUGAUGAUGACGAUAUUGAUGGUGAAGAGGCAGGGGAAGAAAUGACUCUUCAAUCGAAAGCUACUGAUGAGGCCUCAGGAUCGAAGAGCGAUGUUGACACACUUCAUCCUCGCGAUAUCGAUGCCUUUUGGCUCCAACGAAAUGUCUCAAAGCACUGCAAGGACCCCAUUUUGGCUCAAAAAAAAGCGCAAGAGUGCCUUGAUAUCUUGAAGAUGGCUACUGAUGAUCGCGAUUUGGAAAACCGCCUGGUUCGAUGCAUUGGUUAUGAGCAGUUUGAUUUUCUUCGUGUUCUUCGUCGCUACCCGUCAAUGAUCCUGUAUUGUACUCUUCUUGCCCAAGCCCAGUCGCCGCAAGAACGAGCCGAAGUGGAAACCAAAAUGAGGAGUGAUCCAAAGCUCUCGCUAAUUCUGAAACAGUUGCGUGAAACUAACGCCCCAUCUGAUAACGUUGCGGAUGAACGCAAUCGAAAGGCUAAUCAGAGAGUUACCCGCCUUCGCGAGAGUUCAAAGGGCGAUGGAGACGGAAGUAAUGGCUCGUCCGACGAUGGAAGAGGCCUAGUUGCUAAUGUUGUCGAUCUGGUAAAUUUGACGUUUACUCAAGGCGGUCACUUGAUGGCUAACAAACGAUGUCAGCUGCCGGAGGGCUCAUUCCGGACGCAGAAGAAAGGCUAUGAAGAAGUGCACGUGCCCGCACUUCGAUCCAAACCGUUCGACCAAGACGAGACUCUUCUAAAGAUUGAGAAGCUCCCGGCUUAUGCAAAAGCGGCCUUCGAUGGCCUGAAAACCCUCAAUCGAAUUCAGACUCGUCUUUACAACGCUGCCAUGAAAACGGAUGAAAAUCUGUUACUUUGUGCUCCAACGGGUGCUGGUAAAACUAACGUCGCUCUUCUCUGCAUUAUGCACGAAAUUGGACAUCACAUUAGUGCCGAUGGUAGCAUCAAUAAGGAGAACUUCAAAAUCAUCUACAUUGCCCCUAUGCGGUCCCUAGUUCAGGAAAUGGUCGGCACUUUCAAUAAACGCUUGAGCAGCUACGGCAUUAAAGUGGACGAGCUGACUGGCGACCAUCAGUUAAGCCGAGAGCAGAUCCUUGAGACGCAGGUGAUCGUUUGCACUCCGGAGAAGUGGGACGUGGUGACACGUCGGGGCGGUGAUGAGCGUGCCUACAUCAAUUUGGUGCGUUUGAUAAUCUUCGACGAAGUGCACCUUCUCCACGACGACCGUGGGCCCAUCCUCGAGGCUAUCGUGGCGAGGACAUUGCGCGCCACCGAGGCCUCCGCUGCCAGCGGCAUCAGCGUUUCUGGUGCCGCCGUCGCCAGCCCUGACACCAUUCGCCUAGUUGGGCUUAGCGCUACUCUCCCUAACUACACCGACGUUGCCACUUUCCUUCGGGUCGAUGUUGAAAAAGGUCUCUUUUAUUUUGACAACAGCUUCCGUCCUGUUCCGUUGGAGCAGCAGUAUAUUGGCAUAACGGAGAAGAAGGCGGUAAAGCGUUUCCAAUUGAUGAAUGAGAUCGUCUAUGACAAGGUGGUGGAGCAUGCGGGUCGCAAUCAGAUCCUCGUGUUUGUACACUCACGCAAGGAGACAGGCAAGACGGCGCGGGCUGUGCGUGACAUGUGCCUAGAGAAGGACACUCUGGGACUCUUCAUGAAGGAUAAGAACGCCUCUACCAUGGUCUUGCGUCAAGAGGCCGAGCAGGUGAAGAAUUCCGAGUUGAAGGACCUACUGCCUUACGGCUUCGCUAUGCAUCACGCUGGUAUGAGUCGUGUAGAUCGUACUCUUGUUGAAGACCUCUUCGCAGAUCGACAUAUCCAAGUUCUUGUCUCCACCGCCACUCUGGCCUGGGGUGUCAACUUGCCUGCACACACGGUCAUUAUAAAGGGCACUCAGGUCUACAAUCCGGAGAAAGGAAAGUGGACGGAGUUGGGUCCACUGGACGUGAUGCAAAUGCUGGGCCGUGCAGGACGUCCUCAAUACGACACUAAGGGCGAAGGCAUCCUCAUCACAAACCAUACGGAGCUCCAAUACUACCUCUCCCUUAUGAAUCAACAACUACCUAUUGAGAGUCAGCUGGUUUCACGUCUUCCUGAUCUUUUGAAUGCCGAAAUUGUGCUGGGCACAGUUUCGAAUCUGCGGGAUGCCGUCAAUUGGCUGGGCUACACCUACCUCUACAUACGAAUGCUCAGAGCUCCCUCACUCUACGGUGUCCCCACGGGGAGUGAACACACCGAUCCCUGGUUGGAGCAGCGUCGUCGAGAUCUCAUUCACACCGCUGCAAUCGCCCUUGAGCGCUGCGGUCUCAUCAACUAUGAAAGACGUACAGGCAAUUUCGAGUCUACAGAACUGGGUCGCAUCGCUUCUCACUUCUAUCUCACACACGAAACCGUUCAAACUUACAACAAACUGCUCCGACCAGGUCUUGGUGAAAUUGAACUCUUCCGAGUAUUUGCCGCCAGUUCCGAGUUCAAGCACAUCACUGUGAGGCAGGAGGAGAAGUUUGAAUUGGCUCAACUUCUAGAGCGCGUCCCGAUUCCAAUCAAAGAGGCUGCAGAUGAUUCAUCCGCAAAAGUAAAUUGUCUACUACAAGCCUACAUAUCUGGUCUGAAAUUGGAGGGUUUCUCGUUGGUAUCCGAUAUGGUUUUCAUAACCCAAUCAGCGGGUCGGUUGAUGCGAGCGCUUUUUGAAAUUGUCCUCCACAAGGGAUGGGCGGAAUUGGCCGACAACGCGCUUGUCCUCGCGAAAAUGAUAGAGAGACGAAUGUGGGAGUCCAUGUGCCCACUGAGGCAAUUCAAAAAAUUGCCUGACGAGGUUAUCACAAAAUUGGAAAAGAAGGCUCUUCCCUUUGAGCGUCUCUAUGACAUGAAUCAUCACGAGUUGGGCGAAUUAGUUCGUUCUGCUAAGCUAGGCAAGCCUCUCCACAAGUACCUGCAUCAGCUACCCCGUCUCGAGAUGAGCGUACAUGUACAGCCGGUGACUAGAUCUGUUCUCCGUGUGGAGCUCACGCUCACACCCGACUUCGUGUGGGACGAAAAAACUCACGGAAAUACGCAGGCAUUUUGGAUCUUCGUGGAGGACGUGGAUGGUGACACUAUUCUCCAUCGAGAAUUCUUCUUGCUGAAACAGCGCUACGCCACAGAGGAGCAUGUGCUUCACUUCACUGUGCCCAUAUUCGACCCACUUCCACCGCAUUAUUACAUUCGCGCAGUCUCAGAUAGAUGGAUUGGUGGGGAGGUUACACUCCCAGUCUCAUUCAGACAUCUCAUCCUCCCUGAAAAGACCGUUCCUCCUACCGAACUGCUGGACUUGCAGCCUCUUCCAGUUACUGCCUUAAGAAACAAGGAGUUCGAAGCCCUUUACGCCGAUCAGAUUCGAGAUUUUAACCCCAUCCAGACACAGGUAUUCAACUCGUUGUACAAUUCGGAUGAAAACGUUUUCAUUGCUGCACCCACUGGAAGCGGGAAGACAGUUUGCGCCGAGUUGGCUCUUUUCCGUCUAAUGACCACAGCACAGGCGAAUCAACAGGUCGACGAAUCAGGUGAACCGGUUUUCAAGUGCGUCUACGUUACACCCUUCGAGGAGCAGGCAGAACUGCGCUUUAGCGAUUGGUCCUCUCGCUUCGCCACCAAGCUGGGUCGUCGCGUGGUUCGUCUCACAGGUGAGACCUCGGUCGACUUGAAGCUGCUUGCCCGAGGCCAAAUCAUUGUCACCACUCCCGAUCACUGGGAUGUACUAUCACGCCGAUGGAAGCAGCGGAAGCACGUGCAAGGUGUUAAUCUCUUCAUUGCCGAUGACCUCCAUCUCGUUGGUGCGGAAGGCGGACCUGUCUACGAAGUGGUCUGUUCACGUAUGCGCUAUAUGGCGAGUCAAAUUGAGUCCAGUGGCCAGCCCUUGCGCAUAGUUGGUCUAGCGCACAGCGUCACAAAUCUGCGCGACAUGGCAAGUUGGUUAGGCUGCUCUGCUGGUGCCAGCUACAACUUUCAACCCAAUACUCGCCCAUUACCUCUCGAUCUCUCCAUAGUGGAACUCAAUUUCGCCCACCAGGCCAGUCGUUUGAUGGCUGCAAAUCGACCUAUGUUUCGGGCCAUCAAUCGCCACGCCUGUUUGAGUACUGGUGGCGGUCCAGGUCUGCAUAGACCUACCAUUGUGUUUGUGACAUCACGACGACAGGCCCAACGAACUGCGCUCGAUCUGAUUACUAUGCAGGCUACCGCCAACACACUGGGUAGCACUCAACAACAGCAAAUGCCCAAGUUCGUGCCUCUUUCUGGUCAUUUGGAGGAAGCCCUAGAGAAAGCUGCGAGUCAAAUUUCGGACAACGCACUCUCUGAGAUUCUGCGUUACGGAGGUGGUGUGGCGUACUUGCACAAGGCUCUGAAUAAGGGCGACAGGCGUUUAGUGGAAGCAUUAUACGCCGCUGGAGCCCUACAUACCUUGGUUGUUUCUCGCGAUCUCGCCUGGGCCUCAUCCAUUUCUGCCUACCUGGUCAUUGUGCUGGAUACGCAGGACUACAAUGGCAAGAUCCAUGCCUAUGAGGACUAUCCGAUCAUUGACAUGAUUCAAAUGGUCGGCCGUGCGAACCGACCUGGUUUGGAUAGUGACUCGAAGGCCAUUGUCUUCUGUCAAACGGGCAAAAGAGAGUACUUGAAGAAGUUUCUGCACGACCCUCUUCCUGUUGAAUCACACUUGGAUCACGAACUUCACGACCACUUCAAUGCGGAAAUUGUCACAAAGACCAUUGAGAAUAAACAAGAUGCUGUGGAUUAUUUGACAUGGACAUUCCUCUACCGACGAAUGACACAAAACCCCAAUUACUACAACUUACAGGGUGUCACUCAUCGUCAUCUCAGUGAUCACUUGAGUGAACUGGUGGAAACAACACUGACCGAUUUGGAGCAGUCUAAGUGCAUUGCCAUUGAGGAUGAGAUGGACCUUUCUCCGCUCAAUUUGGGCAUGAUUGCCGCAUACUACUACAUCUAUCACAGCACCAUCGAAUUAUUUAGCCUGUCACUGACAAACAAAAUGAAGAUUCGUGGGCUACUGGAUGUCAUAAGCAACGCCUCAGAGUUCGACACCCUCCUGCCAGUGCGCCAUCACGAGGAUGUGGUGCUGCGCCAGUUGGCUACUAAAGUGCCCCAAAAACUCGCCCCUAAGGCCAGUUACACCAGCCCUCAUGUGAAGGCCAAUCUUCUGUUGCAGGCUCACCUCUCGCGCAUCAGUCUUUCCACAGAGCUCCAGGGAGACACUGACAAACUUCUUGUCUGCACCGUUCGCCUCAUUCAGGCUUGUGUGGACGUGUUGUCAAGUAACAGUUGGUUGGGUCCCGCUCUCGCGGCCAUGGAAUUUUCUCAGAUGAUCACUCAGGCUGUUUGGCACAAGGACUCUUAUCUCCGACAACUGCCCCACUUCAACACUGAGCGCAUUUCCAAGUGCAAGGAGGCCGGGGUGGAAUCCAUCUUCGAUCUGAUGGAGCUGGAGGAUAGUGCAAGAGCUCAGCUUCUCGAGGGCCUCUCACAGGCCGAGGUCGCUGAUGUUGCGCGCUUCUGCAAUCGCUAUCCAGAUGUUGAGGUCAACUAUGAACUCACUGAAUUUUCGCCUAAUCCUGCUUUGGACUUCCACCAGCAGGUUUUGUGGUUGCAUUUGAGCGUUCAUUUUAGAGGGUUUUUGCGUUCUAUGCGAACUACAUGUGAUCGUCGAAAUCUGCGUUUCAUUUUUAGCGGCGAUACAAUUAGCGUGAAUGUGAGCGUUGAGCGUGAUGAGGCCAACGCGGGUCCUGUGCUCGCUCCCUUCUUCCCUCAGAAGCGCGAGGAAGCUUGGUGGUUGGUGAUAGGAGAGGUAAAGACUAACAGCCUCAUAGCGAUCAAGCGCCUAACCCUGGCCAAAUCCAUCAAGGUGCGUCUCGAGCUAACCGUGCCUGCGUCAGCACAGGGUGGUGGCAAGCACGAGUACACCCUCUUCUUUAUGUCCGACGCAUACAUGGGCUGCGACCAGGAGUACCGCUUCACUCUUGAUGUCCGCUAA